CUAUGUUUUCAAUAGCGGAUGGAUAUUGUCACAUGACGCUUUCUACGUCACAACGUUUUCUUUGUAUAAAUACAAUACAUGAAAUAUAUUGAACAUAGAAGCGAGAAGAAAUUAUUAAAGACAAUUUCGUGAAGUUUUCUUUGAGGUCAAUCGUGCAAAGAUGCAGAUCUUCGUGAAGACCCUGACAGGCAAGACCAUCACCCUCGAGGUUGAGCCAAGCGACACCAUUGAGAACGUGAAGGCCAAGAUCCAGGACAAGGAGGGCAUCCCCCCAGACCAGCAGAGGCUGAUCUUUGCCGGCAAGCAGCUAGAAGAUGGCCGCACCCUCUCAGACUACAACAUCCAGAAAGAAUCCACCCUCCAUCUUGUGCUGCGUCUCAGGGGAGGCAUGCAGAUCUUCGUCAAAACCCUGACAGGCAAGACCAUCACCCUCGAGGUUGAGCCAAGCGACACCAUUGAGAACGUGAAGGCCAAGAUCCAGGACAAGGAGGGCAUCCCCCCAGACCAGCAGAGGCUGAUCUUUGCCGGCAAGCAGCUAGAAGAUGGCCGCACCCUCUCAGACUACAACAUCCAGAAAGAAUCCACCCUCCAUCUUGUGCUGCGUCUCAGGGGAGGCAUGCAGAUCUUCGUCAAAACCCUGACAGGCAAGACCAUCACCCUCGAGGUUGAGCCAAGCGACACCAUUGAGAACGUGAAGGCCAAGAUCCAGGACAAGGAGGGCAUCCCCCCAGACCAGCAGAGGCUGAUCUUUGCCGGCAAGCAGCUAGAAGAUGGCCGCACCCUCUCAGACUACAACAUCCAGAAAGAAUCCACCCUCCAUCUUGUGCUGCGUCUCAGGGGAGGCAUGCAGAUCUUCGUCAAAACCCUGACAGGCAAGACCAUCACCCUCGAGGUUGAGCCAAGCGACACCAUUGAGAACGUGAAGGCCAAGAUCCAGGACAAGGAGGGCAUCCCCCCAGACCAGCAGAGGCUGAUCUUUGCCGGCAAGCAGCUAGAAGAUGGCCGCACCCUCUCAGACUACAACAUCCAGAAAGAAUCCACCCUCCAUCUUGUGCUGCGUCUCAGGGGAGGCAUGCAGAUCUUCGUCAAAACCCUGACAGGCAAGACCAUCACCCUCGAGGUUGAGCCAAGCGACACCAUUGAGAACGUGAAGGCCAAGAUCCAGGACAAGGAGGGCAUCCCCCCAGACCAGCAGAGGCUGAUCUUUGCCGGCAAGCAGCUAGAAGAUGGCCGCACCCUCUCAGACUACAACAUCCAGAAAGAAUCCACCCUCCAUCUUGUGCUGCGUCUCAGGGGAGGCAUGCAGAUCUUCGUCAAAACCCUGACAGGCAAGACCAUCACCCGAGAGGUUGAGCCAAGCGACACCAUUGAGAACGUGAAGGCCAAGAUCCAGGACAAGGAGGAUCCCCCAGACCAGCAGAGGCUGAUCUUUGCCGGCAAGCAGCUAGAAGAUGGCCGCACCCUCUCAGACUACAACAUCCAGAAAGAAUCCACCCUCCAUCUUGUGCUGCGUCUCAGGGGAGGCAUGCAGAUCUUCGUCAAAACCCUGACAGGCAAGACCAUCACCCUCGAGGUUGAGCCAAGCGACACCAUUGAGAACGUGAAGGCCAAGAUCCAGGACAAGGAGGAUCCCCCAGACCAGCAGAGGCUGAUCUUUGCCGGCAAGCAGCUAGAAGAUGGCCGCACCCUCUCAGACUACAACAUCCAGAAAGAAUCCACCCUCCAUCUUGUGCUGCGUCUCAGGGGAGGCAUGCAGAUCUUCGUCAAAACCCUGACAGGCAAGACCAUCACCCUCGAGGUUGAGCCAAGCGACACCAUUGAGAACGUGAAGGCCAAGAUCCAGGACAAGGAGGGCAUCCCCCCAGACCAGCAGAGGCUGAUCUUUGCCGGCAAGCAGCUAGAAGAUGGCCGCACCCUCUCAGACUACAACAUCCAGAAAGAAUCCACCCUCCAUCUUGUGCUGCGUCUCAGGGGAGGCAUGCAGAUCUUCGUCAAAACCCUGACAGGCAAGACCAUCACCCUCGAGGUUGAGCCAAGCGACACCAUUGAGAACGUGAAGGCCAAGAUCCAGGACAAGGAGGAUCCCCCAGACCAGCAGAGGCUGAUCUUUGCCGGCAAGCAGCUAGAAGAUGGCCGCACCCUCUCAGACUACAACAUCCAGAAAGAAUCCACCCUCCAUCUUGUGCUGCGUCAGGGAGGCAUGCAGAUCUUCGUCAAAACCCUGACAGGCAAGACCAUCACCCUCGAGGUUGAGCCAAGCGACACCAUUGAGAACGUGAAGGCCAAGAUCCAGGACAAGGAGGGCAUCCCCCCAGACCAGCAGAGGCUGAUCUUUGCCGGCAAGCAGCUAGAAGAUGGCCGCACCCUCUCAGACUACAACAUCCAGAAAGAAUCCACCCUCCAUCUUGUGCUGCGUCUCAGGGGAGGACCUUAAGUUUCCCCUGCUCUUUUCAAAAGUGACCAAAUAUAUAUAUAUAUAUUUUUUUAAUUCUUGAAGCCAUAAAGGUAUUGUCUUCAGUUUCCUUUCAUAGCUUUGAGAUGUUAUUAUACAAACAAUAAUGCAAUGUAUCUUAAAUUGAUUACAUGAGGUGUGUUUGACAAUGUGUAAGAAACGUGGUAUAUUGUCACAUUUGUAAUGAAACAAUGCUAUUUGAUUAAACCUGUCUAUAUAUGCUAAA